AUGCAAGGCCGUUUGGACGACCAACGGAACGAUAAUCUGAUGAACCGUCUGGACGACCGUGUAGAAGACUGCCUGGAACACCGUCCGGACAUUCGUCAAGACCGUCCUCUGGAUGAUUGCCUACAAGACAGUUUGCAAGACCAUGUAGACCUUCUGGAAGAUCGUCUAGGUUGUCUAGAUGACAAUUUGGAAGAACGUUUGGACGACCAACGGAACGAUAAUCUGAUUAACCGUCUGGACGGCAGUCUGGAUGACCUUCUGAACGACCGGCCAGGUGAACCUCCGGAAGACCAUCGAGACGACCGUUCAAGCCACGGCGAGCAGGUGUCUGGUGUGAAGCAGCACAUGCGGGAGGUUCGAUCCGAACUGAGAGCCUUGGCCGAUUGUAUGCGCACCGGCCAGCACCUGAUGGUGCUCGUGGCGCUGAGCGACACCGUUUCUGGCCGCUGUCGCCAAGUCGGACGAGCCGAGGAGGAUUUGUGGCGGAGAUUGCGGCUGCUCGAGUGGCUCGGGGCUCCAAGGCUGGCCGGCGACCAAGUGAGGCUGUCUCGAGGCGAUGUGUUGUCGGGCGAUCAGGUGUCAUGGAGGAUCUGGUUCACUGACAAGACCAAAAUGGCCAACCUCUUCGAGAUCCUCGACAUCACAUGUGCCGAAUUCGGUCGCCAAUAA